AAGUGCACGUAAGCUUCUGCCUCACAUUUCUCGUGUUCUCCGACGUUACAGGUAGAAAACUGCGCUUAUCCGGUCGCCCCUGUUAAAAGCAAAAUGGGGUGUUUCUUCUCGAAAAAAUCCAAAAGGAAGUCAUCCGACAAAGAGGAUCGUACACCGACGACAACGACUGUCGAAACUACAGCGACAAGCAACGCGGUUCCCCUUGGCAACAACACUGACGAGGCUCCCAAGCAGUACAGCUGGGAUAAAAGAGAGAAGGUUGAUCCCAAAGACUACAUGCUAACCGGGCUCAAAGAUGUCACGGUGGGCCGUCUUUCUGGCAAAUUGAACGGGCAACAGUUUGUCAUCCAAGAGUGUGAGAACUGCAACAUCUUCGUGUUCGACCACUCAGCGACUAUCACCAUCGACGACUGUGUCAAUUGCCGCAUUGUUCUAGGACCUGUCAAGGGCAGUGUGUUUUUCAGAGACUGUAAAGACAUCAAGUGUGUGGUGGCCUGUCAGCAGUUUCGCACACGGGACUGUAAAAAGAUGGAGGUGUUCUUGUGCUGUGCCACUCAGCCUAUCAUCGAGUCAUCUACGGGAAUGAAGUUUGGCUGCUUUCAGUACUUCUAUCCUGAGCUGGGGUUCCACUUCAAGGACGCUGGGCUCAGCAUAUUCAACAACAACUGGAGCAACAUCCACGACUUCACACCAGUGUCCGGAGAGAACAACUGGAGCUUGUUGCCAGAGGCUGCAGCGGUUCUGGACUUUGUACCAGCCCCAGACCCGGAGUCUGAGUUCAAGUCAGUGCGAAUCUCUGCUGACCCUGCACGCAGCAUUGUGCCUUUGACAAAGGGAGGGAGGCGUAAGGACAGUGAAGAGUCCUGCCUCUUUGUUUUCUUUGCUGGGGAGUACACCACUGCAAAUGCCCGCAGACUGAUUGAUGAGGUGACUGCCAAAGGUUUCGUGCUAAUCCAGACGAAGGAAGUCUCAAUGCGACCUGAAGAUGUGAAGAGGGUGUUUCAGAACAGUGCAGAGGAUCUGGUGGAGUGGAUCACCAAAGGCCCUGUGAUCGCCCUGGAGCUGAAUGGUGACGGAGUUGUGGACGCCUGUAAGAACAUGGCCAGUGAAAUGUUCAGUGGCACCAUGGUUUUUGUCUCUGACAACAAAAACACGUCCUCUCGAGACGUGGACAGCUUCUUCAACUUUGCCGACAUGCAGAUGGGCUUGUGAAUGAAUACGUAUCGAAACAAACUGCUCGCCAGACACUGAAUCUAAUUCCCCCCCCCGCCGUCCAGCUCGGCUUGGAUAUGAGUGGCGUUUGAAUAUUUGCCUCUUUUCAUUCUUAAAAAGAAAUUGAUAGGGAUGGAAAAUAUUAAGGACUGUGUUUGAUAAAAGCCUUGGAAAAAACAAUUCAAUUCAUCAAUGAGUCUGCAGACUAGAUCCACCCCCCCAUCAUCCAGAACAUGUGCUGUAAACCACUUAACAUCCAUUAGUUGCUACGAGUGCUGUGAAUAUUUAUAUUUCUCUGAAUGUAUUUCAUAAUCCUGUUGCUUUUAUCGAAUGUGAAUGUAGGUCUUUGCUGUAAAUGUAAUUCAUUUUAAUUUAAAGUUUUGUUUUUAAUCACUGUUUGAAACCGUCCAUGCAGUGGAAAACACACGAGCACAGGAAUGCGUGAGGGAAAAUACUUUAUUUAUAAAUCCUAUUUUUGUUUCCUGUACGGAUUGAUUUGUGUAUGUGGUUUAGAUAAUUGACUUUUCUUCAUUUAAGAUGUGUAUAUUUGAAACACGCUGAGUAGGUGAUAACAUCUUAUUGACAUCUGUUAGGCCAAAGUUAAGAUUAAUUGUUGUGUUUACACUAAAGGUGGAAACACUUCUAAAAAUGCUGGAUCGUGACGUAAGCAAUUCAUGUGAUCAGUUUUUUUUUAUAUAUAUUUUGUAAUAUUUGUUUUAUACUUUACUCGAUAUUUUUGUGUAGAAAUAAAUUCAUGUUCUUCAUUAUGAUUUUUAGUAAAAGUUUAUUUAAGUUGGACUUCAAUUUGUUUUCGGGCUGAUUGAAUGAUUGAAAAAAAGUUGUGUGGUAACGGUUGUGGACUGAGAAACGAGCCAAUUAGGGUAACAACCAGUUAUAAACACAAUAUAGUAAAUUAUCUGUCCUUCUGAGUUAGUAAAGUUUUUUUUAAGGUUGCCAGUUACAAAGAAAGAGAGAAUAUAUUGUGAGAAACUGGCAACAAGGUUAAAGGAAACAUUCUGGUUCCUGUUUGUAACCUGAUCAACCUGUCGAUUCUUUUUGUUCCUAAAGUUCAAUUCAAGCGAUUUUAAAAUGUUUGAACAAGCUGUAAAUGUAAACUCUCCUGUCUGACUCUGUAUACUGUGGUGUAUCUGGUUUGAACAUCACUCAUCAGAUUAGUGAAUUAUUCUCUCUGGUGUUGCUGUAGAAGCACAUUGUUUAAAUACUAGAGAUUUUUUUGUGAAUUGAAAACACCACGAACAUUCAGGGUGAGUCAUGGGGUUUGGCAUCAGUAAGUUCAUUAACAAUUUGACAAACUAUAAAUUAUUCCAGUCAGUGGCAAACAGCUGGACCUCCCCCAGUCUGUGUUGAGGCCUCAUUGCAGAUUGAAGUAAAUCUAAUCUAAUAAAUUAGCCAGAGAGAUCAAACAGUUUUGUACAGUUGCCUUUUAAGAAAAUAAAUAAACAUAGAGAUUUCUUGUGAUGUACUUUUGUAUUUAUAAACCUUUUGUAUCGGAGCGUACUGGUUUUGUAGAGCAACUUGUCUUUAUGAAUGCACAUCUGUCUGUAAUUUGUUGUUUCUACACUUAAAUCAAGUCGUGUCUUUAUGAAAUGGCAGUUACAUUAAAAACAGAGAAAACACA